AUGAGAAGGCAGGAGGGAACACUAGUAAUACUGCUUAAGGAUUACAAAUGCCCCGCAAUUCCUCCAACUAAUGUCUAUUUUGUCUUAAAGUUUGGCAAAAGAUGUGUUCGCUUCAAUGGGCAUUCAGGUGAAAUGGUUUUGGAAUUGGAUUAUAGCGACUUGGAAUCUCCUUUAGAAGUAUUCAUGUUCCAGAGAAGAAAUGGCAAAGGAAUUUCAACUGCAACUCGAAGACGUCAAUUGGUAGAUAAGACCUCAAGCUUUAUUUUUGAGUUUCCAUACACAACAAAAACAGAAACUCUUACCGAAUGGCAAUCUUUUGAGGUGGAGUUUUUUAAUUACCAGAUUCUGUUGCUUUUCGAUAUUGAAUUUUACCCACGUAGCCCCAUGCUACCUGCAAAAGAGGGCAAUCAGGAGGCCGAUGGCCUGACAUUUGAAAAAAAACCAAAUAAUAUGUCAACUUCGAGUGAUCAAAAUGGUCCACCACAAAGGAAAGCUCAGCGUAAUACUCCCGAUUCUGAAAAGUUUAAACAAAAUCGCUCAAAGAAGCGAAACCAUUUCAGAAUACCACUAAUUUCGAACCUUGUGAGAGAUUCCUCGACCCGCAGAACAAAGGAAAAUUCAGAUUAUGAUGGUACCAUAUUUUAUGAUUUGGAUGUGCAGUCUGGGGUGAAAGCUUCUUUCAACGGAUACAAGCAUGGCUCCUCUAUCAAUUCUCAAUCUCUGCUUUCUCCAAUGAGUUCAGGAGAGCUAUACAAAUAUAUCAAAGUUAAUCAACAGAAGCCAGUCAAAGAUGAUCAAUUAACUAUGGACGUGUCACCUCAGGACUAUUUCAAAUACACUGGAAACAGACUGGCUCAUGACCAAAAUUUGAACUUUGUAAACAUGUUUUCCUCAGAUAAUGUAAGGUUAACGGGCUAUUUAGGAGCUGGCAGAUGGGAUAAGAAGGUGAUUUCAGAAGUUUUCAUAAAUUGGUAUCUGAGAUGUGAUACCAAGCCCAUUAACUCGCCCCAAUUACCUCCCAAAUGUCCCCUGGGUAUGCUGUGGGAGGAAUACUACUUAAUAAAUAGAGAAGGUUACAUUCAUGACGUCUUGAGAUAA